ACAAGCUGCCUGGGAACACCUCCAUCUAUCAGGACUAAACCAAAAGGGAUCUACAUGACCUGAGGAGCCUUAGGAAACUACACUCUCAAUGAAGAAUUUCUUACACUGGGCUCCACUGGGCUAAUAACAGUGUCUCUCACACUCACCUGAAUACAGAGCUCACUACUGGAGCUGGAAUGGACUGAGGUGACACAGAGACUAGAGAGGACAGCCUUUAUUGUUGGGAUGACUUUUUACCAAGACAGACUUCAACUGGCUCGUGCUCAAGGGCACGGCGGCAACUAAAAAUACUCCUCAGAGUUCUAAAGUUAUCUUGUGUUGGUGCACAGGACACACCCACAUGGAGUCCCGUUCACCGGUGCUGCUGGGGCUCCUUCUUGCAUGUGCUUUGGUCUUUGGAGCUCAGACUCAGAAUGGUCCUUCAGAAAGAGGCCAUGACAAGUCCGGCACACAAGAAUUUGACAGCAGCGAUGCUGGUUUAGAAAGAGAGUUUCUCUACACAGGGAGGAGUAAGCGUGCCCCAGCUGAAAUACCCCAGGACAAGUGCUCCUACACCUUUAUAGUGCCCCAACAGAAAGUUACAGGUGCCAUAUGUGUGAAUUCAAAGGAGCCAGAGACUUCGCUGGAGAGCCGGGUCAACAAACAGGAGCUGGAGCUGCUCAAUGUGGAGCUGCAAAAACAGAAGCGUCAGAUUGAGACACUGCAGCAGCUGGUGGAGGUGGACGGGGGCAUUGUGACAGAGGUCAAACUGCUGAGGAAAGAGAGUCGCAACAUGAACUCCCGUGUCACACAGCUGUACAUGCAGCUGCUGCACGAGAUCAUCCGCAAGAGAGACAACGCUCUGGAGCUGGCCCAGAUGGAGAACAAGAUCCUGAACCAGACCUCUGAGAUGCAGAUGCUCACCAGCCGCUACAAAGACCUGGAACAUAAAUACCUGCACUUAGCCUCAUUGGCCACAAACCAGUCGGCUCUUAUCGCUCUGCUAGAGGAGCAGUGUCAAACACGCCCACCCCCACGACAGGUCCCUCAGCCCCGCCCACAACCACGCCCACAGCCCCCACCAGUGUCACCUCCACUGAACAAGUCCCCAGUGCCACCACGCAUCAACAACCAGAUCACCAAUGAGAUCCAGAGUGACCAAAAGUCCCUGUCUCCUCUGCCCACAAUGCCUACAGGAACACAAGGCCCCACAACAACCAACAAGCCUUCAGGACCCUUUAAAGACUGCCUGGAGGCGCUGGAGGAUGGCCAAACCAACAGUGGCAUGUAUUUGGUGAAGCCCGAGGGCAGUAACAAGCUGAUGCAGGUGUGGUGUGACCAGCGCCAUGACCCCGGCGGCUGGACUGUCAUUCAAAGGCGCUCAGAUGGUUCUGUCAACUUCUUCAGGAACUGGGAAACAUACAAGCAAGGCUUUGGCAAUAUAGACAGUGAGUACUGGCUCGGUCUGGAGAACAUCUACUGGCUGACGAACCAGGGCAACUACAAGCUCCUGGUGACUCUGGAGGACUGGUCUGGAAGGAAGGUGUUUGCUGAGUACGCCAGCUUCAGGGUGGAAAAUGAGGCUGACUUCUACAAGCUCCGCAUAGGCCGUUACCAUGGAAAUGCAGGGGACUCUCUAACCUGGCACAAUGGCAAGCAGUUCACCACGCUAGACAGAGACCAUGACACAUACACAGGAAACUGUGCACAUUACCAGAAGGGAGGCUGGUGGUAUAACUCUUGUGCCCAUUCAAAUCUCAAUGGAGUGUGGUACAGAGGAGGACACUACCGCAGCCGCUACCAGGACGGAGUCUAUUGGGCUGAAUUCAGGGGUGGAGCCUAUUCACUGAAGAAAGUAACGAUGAUGGUCCGGCCAAACCCCAACACCUUCCAUUAGAGCUGCCAAAGACUCUUCUACGGCCAGGCUUCAGUAGCUCAUAAAACUAUUUUUAAAAGUGCAAUAUUAAAACAACCCUCCACAAUAUUAUGUCUCAAUUUACUGUAUUUUUAUUUUAAUUUAGCAUUCAUUAAAGUGGUAUUCAGGUCAACUUAAAGACUGAGAAUAUUUUUAAAUCCAAUAGAUAAGACACAGGAGACAUAUCCAGUGAUUUCUUUACAGCUUAAAUAUGUCAAAUGCAAGAACAAUUUGGUUGCCACAAAGACUAAUGAUUUUCCCACAAACUAUGCCAUAUACAAUUUAUCAAAAUGUCUUAAACAAAGGUGGUACUCUUGCCAAAGACAUGGUUAGUAUUUUUGAAAGUCAUUUGCUUGUGUAUAUCAAGCACUGUAUUUACUGUAUAAAUUUAGUUUUUGCGUUUGUACAUAGGACUUUGUAUUAUAAUGUAAUAAACAUGUUAUAAUAAAAACAA